GGCAUGAACGUCAAUUUCUUGAACUUCUGGUAAUGGCCCUGCUCCCUUCACCCUUCCCCAUCCCCCUUUCCCUCUCUCACCUUAUCUUCUUACCUUCCCAUUGCCUCCCUCUGACGUUCCUCCCCUUUUUCUUUUCUUCCAUGGCCUUCUGCCUUGUUCACCAAUCAACUUCCUAGCUCUGUGCUUCAUCCCUCCCCCUCCAGGUUUCACCUAUCACCUGGUGGUUCUCCUUCCCCUCCCCCACCUUUUUAAAUCUUCUCCUCUCCCAUUGGAUUCCCUUUUCUCCAGCCCUGUAUCUCUUUCACCAAUCAACUUCCCAGCUCUGUACUUGACCACUCUCCUCCACCUUUUAACUCUACUCAUCUUUUUUUUCUCCAGUCCUGCUAAAGGGUCUCGGCCCGAAACAUCAACUGUACUUUUCCAUAGAUGCUGCCUGACCUCCUGAGUUUCUCCAGCAUUUUGUGUGUGUUGCUUUGGAUUUCCAGCAUCUGCAGAUUUUCUCGUUUGUACCAGAACUUUAAAUCUGUAACCGCUGCUAUUAGGAAUUGCUCCUUAUUACUUGCCUAAACUAAAUCAGUCACAAUCUUGUACACUUCUUGUUAAGCUCUCAGCCUUUACUGCAAAGAAAAUAGUUGUCUCAUGUAGUUUCCAUUUGGCAUCUUUGCAGUUCAUAUAGUGUCCUUUGUGAUGUAGCUUUUAAAACUAAUAAGUUUCCCUCUCAAGAGUUGUAGACUUGACUAACUGAAUUAUCGGGUCUCAACUUUGAUGCUAGGAACUGUGUCUCAUGGGUGGCAUUCCAUGUUACAGAUUUCUGUAUCUUUUGUGAACACAUAAGUAAUUUUACAAAUAUUUCUGAACAAUGCAAAAUUUUAUGUAUGCACAUCUUCUGGCUCUGGAUUAUGCAAUGGAAAGAAUCUAAAGUCCUGAUUGAAAACACACCCAAAAUAGCUAUUUUACCUAUUUUUACUAAUCACAUUUUUAGUGGCUGCUCCAAACCUCCCCACGAUAGCUGUCCAAACGUCCUUUCGUGUACCUUACUUUUCAGUUAUUGGUAAUAUCCCUAUUAUUAAAGGGACCUUAUUUAUCUACUUGUCAUUUAAAAGUUAUUUUUGGCUUUUUUUAUACUCCACUAUAUGUAUCUAAACAACAUUUGCAGCUCAGUGGUUUAUUUCUUUAUACUGUUGUCUUUAGUUUCAUUUCUUGUCUGCUUCUGUGAUCUAAUCUCCCACAUCAACUUCAUUACUUCUGGAAAUCUAAGGCUGCGAUCUUCUUGAAUAGCUGCACUAGAAUACUGGAUGUGGCUGCAUUUAUUUUCCACUACAAAGUUAUGAAUACUGUGCUUCAAAAGCCAGCCAAUUGCAAAUGACAUUGAAUAUCUUCCAGUGAUACCAUAUAUUAGAUGAUGUCUUAAAUUAAUUUAUUACAUGCAUUCCAUUGUAGUAAAAUUUUUGCAACUGGUUGUUCAGCUUAGAUGAAAUUUGACAACUCCAUCAUUUCACUUGAGACAUUACCUUAAACAGCUGUGAUAUUUCUGCUGCUGGACCGUCGAGUCAUCAUCCGGGUCCAUCAGUCUUCAGACGUUUCAUCCCCUAACCCGGAACAUUCUAGGGAUGGUGGGACAGCAGAACGUGAUUAGUCUUCUACCCCCGACGGUCAGACAUCCAGCUACUAUCGUCCCUUUGCAGACAAAGCCAACUGGAUGCUCUCUCUGCUGCUUAAGCCAUGGUGUUAAUGGCUCUCUUCCUGGUUCUCCCUUGUAUCCCUAAAGCUGCCAUCAUCUUCCAGCAUGACAUGGCGGGAAAUCCUCUUGCCCCCACUUCGACAGCUAAGUUCCAUGUCUGCCAGCCUUGCUGUCUGCAGUCUUCCACCAGGUUUUCACACCUCGCAAGCUUCCUUUCGUGAGCCUCUUGGCAUCAGGUCUCCCAUGGUACUGUUAGCUCUAUCACUACGAGCUUCUUUGCACUCUCUGACAAUAGUAGAACGUCUGGUUGAAGUGUGGUCUCUACUAUUGGUGGGAACACCAGUUUCUUUUAAAGAUUGACCUUCAUCUCCCAGUCCUUUGCCAUGCUCAGGAUACCAUCUCUCCGCUUGUUUGUUGCUGCAGCAUGUUCCCCAGUCCUGAUUAAGUUGGAGUUUGGUUGGCUGUCCUUUUUCCUCUCUGUCUCCAAAGUGUGGGCGAGUAUUCUCAAAACCUGGUCAUAUCUCCAUCUGUACCGUCCCUGAAGAAAGGGCAACCUGGCAUGAAGAAAGAAUAUGCUGAAGAUUGGCUGGUUUCUGGCACAGAUGGCACAUUGGGUCUUCUGUUAUUCUAGUUCCGCAGGUUUGUUGGAGUUGGUGAUACAUCGUACACAGCCCUCGGUAAGAACUGGAGUUGGAAAGAUGUAUAUUUCCAUAUGUCAUCCCAUGUCAACACUCUCUGUUCUGUUUCCCCAUUUGUCCAGGUACCUUGACUCCCCAUCUCCACUGCUCGCACAUAUCUAGCCUCCUCCUCUUUCUUCCUUAUCUCCUGCUGGACCAAAUGCUGUCUGUCCUUAGGGUUGGCCUCCCUCCACUUGAUUUUUGACUCACAUCCUAGGCCUUGUCUGCCCUUACACACUAUUCUGACAACGUCUCUGGGGAAGUCAGGGCUCUGCUUCUUCUACUGCCUCUGCCGCCUUCCAUUUGCUCCCUGUCUGUGUCUUGACUCCUGUUUCACUGACCUUGUCGUCCUUGGAGUCUUUGAGGGUCACGAUGAGGCGUGCUUUCCCUGCCUUAAAUUCCUCUACAACUGAGUGGAGGGGCAGCCGGAGCUUGACUUGCUUGCUGUAUAGCCCUGUUUAAGAGAAGCAGUGCGGUACUCCUAAUCACCUUCUCAGGUACUGGUUUAUCUUCCUCUCCAUGCCCUCGAUCGUUGACAGGGCAAUGUCAUACAGCAUCAUUGGCCACAUUAGUCUGGGUAGGAGCCCAUGUUGGAAGAUCCAUGCAUUAAACUUUCCUGGUAAACCUGAUUUGUCGAUCUUUACCAGCCUUUCUGUUGUUUGUUGCUCCAGGCGUCUGCUGUUGUUGACAUCCUUCAGGCUGUCAUCAUACCAUUUCCCUAGGCACUUGAUGGGGUUUCCUAUGAUAGACGGGGUUUCUUCAUCCUGGAUCUUCAAGGUGAACUUCUGGGUUGUGUGCCUGACUGACUGAAACUGACUACAUUCUUUGCAAAAAAAAGUUGUGAUCCUGAGACUGACCCAUUUUCCGUAGCUGAACUGCAGUGCUCACUUUUCAAAACUGCUGAUUACUAAGAUGGUGAGUGUUUUUUUAACAGAGGUACUGAUUUCCAUUUGUGAAAUGUAUUCUGGAGAAUUUUUUAGGUUAAGCAAUGGAAGAUGUUCUAGAAGUGAAUAAUAUGUAUUUGUCACAGUAAUGCUGUUCCAUUGGUAAGUGACUUAACAAAAUUCUUUUACUAACUGCUGAGUUUUCUGUGCAAUAUUCUGUAUGCUUAAUUGUAUGUCCAGAUAAACUAUAUGAAAUACAUUUAAGUGCAAAUUGUUAUAUUGGAAGUUUUUUUAAAUGCUUAUGUGUGCAAACAUGAAAGUUGUGAAACUUGACAUUGCUAGAAUCUGUCCUUUUAGUAGGGAACAAAGUUGACCUGUGCUUUCUCGAGGUGUUUGGGCUGGUAAGUGAUGCAUGGAAAUGUUAUGGACAAAUUGCACCAUUUAGUGAUUUUUUUUCUCUCUGUAAUGUUUACAAAAGUAAGAUUAGGCACAGCAGCAUCUAAGACAUAGUAGUUCUGUUUGCAAAUGUUGCUAUUUCAUCAGAAGGUGAGCACUAUUUACUUAUAAAGUCAUAAAGAUAUUAGUAUUUGUAAGGUGCUUAAUACGUUCUUUUUGCAAUUGCAGAACCUAGUCUAAAUUGGAAUCUUUGGAAUUUUGUAUCAUCUUGGAGAAAUGUGGGUAGAAACUUUCAAAUUAUUUUUAUCAAAUGCAUUUUCUCUAUAUAGAACCUUAAAGCAGACUCUGAAACAUAUUUCAGACAGCAUGAAAGCCAGUGUUGAGCUGUCAAUAAAACCCUCAGAAUGGCAGCAGCUUGUACAUGUGUUGGGUGGGAGUGAUGAAAACAUAUAGUCCUAUCCAUAAUACAUUUCUGAGUAGAGGAGCACUCAAGACUAGUCUUGAGCAUAGAAAUAAAAUUAGAUCUCUUGCUUUUUAUCCUUUUUUUCUAAAAAAAAAAGGAUAAUUUGACUAAAAUUAUUCCCUCUAUUUUGGAUUUGUUUGAUAAACAUAGAACUUUUCUUCAACAUUGUGAGGAACUCAUGCCAAUUUUUAAAAAAAAAUGCAAUACAGAAAUCGGGCAUACAGUUCUUUUAUGCCAGGGACUUUGAAGAAUCUAUCCUUUUACUAUUUCCCAUUUCACAAGUUUUCUGCUUUAAAAUGUAUAUCAGAAUCUUUCUCAAAAGAUAUUGUAGGAUCAUCUUCCAUCAUCUCUUCAUGCAGUGCUUUCCAAAUCAUAACUUUGUGAAACCUUUAUCUUUUUCUUGCUGUUGCCAAUUACAAUAACUAUGCAACCAUUUACUUGCCCAGCUGUUAGUGGAGAUAGUUUAUACUUAUUACUACCAUCAAAUUCCUUGCAAGAAAAUUUAAUUUUCCUUAAUUGCUGCUCCGGGGAAGAGGUACCACAUUCUCCAGUCAUUCCAGAAUAAAUUUCUCAAAAAUAAUAAAUCCUAUCAAUAAGAUCUUCUCAUUUUUUUCUAUUUAACUAAUAAUCUAGAGGUGUCAACUGAUGAACUAAAGUUAAGUUUUCAAGCUGCACAAUGACAGCUCGAGAAUUUACGUUGUUUAUUAAUUAAAUCUUGGACAAUUUAAAUCUUUUCAUGUGGAUGCUGUUUAGUUUUUAAAAGCUGAUCCUAGCUAUAUAAAAUAUUGGGAGGAAAAAUAACAGCCUUGUAUUGUUAAGAGCACAGAAUUAACCAAGAAAGAUAUGGGAAAUAACUUACAAACAGUAGAUGUGUCACACUUGUGUUGAGAUAAUGCAUAGACAAUUUUAAAAGUUUUUCAAAUGUAUGUAGCCCUAAAAUAAGGAUUUGCAGUGCAGUACCAUUUUUGUCAACAUAUUUUGAAUUAACAAAUGAAGUUAAUAUCAAUGCAUUAGGGAAAGCUACUGGGAAUAAAAAUUAAUUGGGGAAAAAAGUUGAUAAAAUAAAUAUACUUAAUUCAUUUGAAUGCUUAACUGAAUAAUGCUUGGAUGAACUCUGGCAAUUUUUUUUGUACCACAGCUUUAUCUUAAGUAAUUCUAGGAAGUAAUUCUAUCUGGGCCCUUGACAAAAUCUAGUAAAAAUUAUUUAUUGAUAGUAAAUAAUAACUUAAACUUAACAUUUGAGUUCAGUUGGAAAACGGUCAUUGCUGUGCUAAUUCUUGUAUUUUUCUUUUUCAGUUUUGAUAUCUUUCAAUAAAUGUACAGUUGUCAGGUUUGGUUUUUUGGACUCUAGUCAUCACAACUUCUUUUUGUUAGUGCAGCCGUGCAUUUUGAUAGGCAGUGUAUUUGAAGUGUGAAUCCAUGAGCUUUUUACCAAAUACAAAUAAAAUUGGUUUUAAUGGUUCUGUUAACUUUAGUUUUGCCUAUUUUAAUAUGAUGACUACUAAGAAAUCAUAAAAUUUCACUUUAUGUUGAGAAACAAGUAAGUGUUGUAGUGAAUCAUCCUGUGCCUUUAGAAUGACAAUGAACAAUAAAUUAAUGAAUUUGAAUGUAACAAAUUGAUGCUCCUAAAUCUUGAUUGAGAUUCAAUAGUUUGGUAAUACAAACUAUACUUGUAUGUUAUUAUGUCAAAUAUGAAUGUAUGUCUUAUUUGUUUUAACCAGUGGAUUAUAGUUUCAUAAACCACAAAAUAAAACAAAAUGAUAACUACUGUUUAUAGUAAUGAUUGUAUGAACCUGCAUAUCUGCAAUAUGCAUACUAUCUGGAAGGUUUUAAUAAAUCCAAUUGUAUAAUUCCACUUAGUAAAAGAAAUCUAAAAGAAAUUUUGUUAAACACUUAGAACUGCAGAUUGAAUGUGUUGUUUGAAUAGAACCAGUGUAGUAUGUUCAUAUAAAAUAACACCUUACUAUUAUGUUUCUUUAAGCAAGUGAUAGGCCACUUGUUUUUUUUCUUCGUGAAACCACUUGCCUGAUGCCUAUGUUAAUUCCAUUUUAAGAUUUGGAAAUUGAUUAUGAUGAUAGCAAAACUCUCAGCAUUUGUUGCUGUUGCACCAAAACUGAUGGCUCUGUUUGCAAGGGGGUGUGGCAUUGGUGAUAGUUGUUACUAUUAUUUCCUCUCCCACAAGAUGACAUGUAUUUAACAUGCUUAUAAUCACCAGUUUUAUGUUAAUAUGUCAAUAUUUUUGAUGCUGCUUUCACCAUAAGCACCUUGAACCCUUGUUGAAUAAGAAGUAUAUGAAUAAUAAUUCUGCUGAACAACUUUACUAGUGUUGAGAACUAAAGUAUGGAGUGUCAGUUCUUUCAUUCAGUGAUGUUUUAAAAAAUCCACAAUAUCAGUUAUUUGAUAGUUUAGUUUUGACCUUAAUCCUAUGGGCAUGCCCUUUAGCAUUCUUUGAAAUGUUAUAAUCACUGCGUUUUACUUCCUAGUUUACCAUCUGAAAAUUGGUUGCCCAGCCUGCUUGAUGAAUUCGCUAUAUAAGUGCAAAUCAAAUCCUUGUGGAUAAUGCCAGACUAAGAGCCACGUAUGAAUAGGAGAAGUUGACAUGGAGUCGGCUAAAUCUUUGUGGCAGCUUUCUGCAAAGUCAGUGGCAAAGUGAACCCUUCAGUAGUGAAUGUAAAAUCUGAACUAAAGUGUUCAAUAUUUAUUUUAUAAUUUUAUCUUUUCCAUUACAGCAUAUUUUUUAUCUUUUAUUUUGGUAUAUCGUGUUUUGAAAUGCUGAAGGGCACUUGUAUUUUGCUUUGCAAGCCACUUUAAUUUUAUUUAUAUAAACAUGGUGAAAGUGUAAUUCUAAUACAAUCUUUUGUCUUUGCUGUCUUACAGGGCUGUAACUCUAUUCCUCACUAGAGCUCUCAGCGUCAGCUAAGAAAUUCAACACCAACAAAUUAAGCACUGGCAGUCUUGUGGAAAGCUACUAUAACGAGCAUGAGAAAUAGUCAGAAGUGAAGUUAACAAGAUAAAUAAUAGUUGCCAUCCCAAUAUCUGUACAACUGGAAUCCCAUAAUUUCGAUCAGGGCAGAAGCUAAAGGACGAAGCAUUGUGCCAAUCUGUAUUGUUCAUUUUCUCCCCUUUUUUUUUCUUUUGUUGCUGUCAAGUAACGGGUUUGCUCAUUGUCAUUAUAACUUGUGUGGACUGAAUUAUAUCUGUAUUGUAAUAAAAAUGUUCGGCUUUAUGGAAACAGCUGAUUUAGCUGUUGUAGGACUUUAUUUUGUUGUUGUAUUGUGCAUUGGAUUUUUUGUAAUGUGGAAGUCCAACAGAAGUACCGUGAGCGGAUACUUUCUUGCAGGACGCUCCAUGACCUGGUUAGCUAUAGGUGCUUCAUUGUUUGUGAGCAAUAUUGGCAGUGAGCACUUCAUUGGUUUAGCAGGAUCUGGAGCUGCCAGUGGAUUUGCAGUGGGAGCUUGGGAGUUCAAUGCAAUGUUACUUUUACAGGUAUUAGGUUGGGUCUUCAUUCCAGUCUACAUUAGAUCUGGUGUGUAUACCAUGCCACAGUACCUUUCCAAACGUUAUGGUGGGAACAGAAUAAAAAUCUAUUUUGCUCUGUUGUCCUUGUUGUUGUACAUCUUCACCAAGCUUUCUGUUGAUCUGUAUGCUGGUGCACUGUUCAUCCGUGCAUCAUUGGGCUGGGACCUUUAUCUCUCUAUCAUCAUUUUGAUUGGAUUAACUGCAGUGUUAACUGUCACAGGAGGACUUGUGGCCGUCAUCUACACCGAUGUUCUGCAGGCUGUUCUUAUGAUUGGUGGAGCUUUAACAUUGAUGGUUGUCGGUAUGGUCAAAGUAGGAGGCUUGGAUGAACUGAGACGAAGAUACAUGCUUGCCUCUCCAAAUGUUACUGCAAUUGUUACUACUUUCAAUCUAAGCUCGACUAACACUUGCCGUAUCCACCCUAAAGAGGAUUCUCUAAAGAUGCUACGUGAACCAACUGAUGAGGAUAUUCCUUGGCCUGGUUUCCUGUUGGGUCAAACACCUGCCUCUGUUUGGUAUUGGUGUGCUGAUCAAGUCAUUGUGCAGCGUGUCUUGGCAGCAAAGAACAUCUCGCAUGCCAAAGGAGCCACUCUGAUGGCUGGUUUUCUGAAACUCUUGCCCAUGUUUAUCAUAGUCAUUCCAGGGAUGAUUUCCAGAAUUCUCUUUACUGAUGAGGUUGUUUGCAUUAAUCCGGAGCACUGCAUGCAAGUAUGUGGCAGCAGUGCAGGUUGCUCAAACAUUGCGUACCCACGCCUAGUGUUGGGAAUCUUACCCGUAGGCCUUCGUGGUUUAAUGAUGGCAGUCAUGAUAGCAGCUUUAAUGAGUGAUUUGGAUUCUAUAUUUAAUAGUGCCAGCACAAUAUUCACCCUUGAUGUCUACAAGCACAUUCGAAAGGCUGCCAGCUCUCGAGAACUUAUGGUAGUGGGUCGUUUAUUUGUUAUCUUCAUGGUCGGCACGAGCAUUGCCUGGGUUCCUAUAAUUAUAGAAAUGCAAGGAGGACAAAUGUAUCUCUAUAUCCAAGAGGUAGCAGGAUAUCUAACCCCACCAGUGGCAGCUGUGUUCCUACUUGGUAUUUUCUGGAAACGCUGUAAUGAACAGGGGGCUUUCUGUGGGGGGUUAGUUGCAUCAAUUUUGGGAAUAUCGAGGUUGAUUCUUGCCUUUGUAUACCAUGUGCCAGAAUGUGACCAGUCUGAUACCAGACCAAGUUUUAUCAGAAACAUUCAUUAUAUGUACUUGGCAGCGGCUUUGUUUUGGAUCACUAUCAUUACAGCAGUCAUAGUGAGUCUGCUGACUCCUCCUCCUCCCAGAGAUUUGAUUUGUACUACCACAUUCUGGGCAUUAAAAGAUACAGAAAUAAUUCAAAGUGGUCAUAAAGAAGAAUCUGAUAAGUUAACAGACAAAAACCUGGCAAAAUGUGGUGAUGAUAACAGAUGUGCCGAAAUUUUAGAUUUUAAACACAAAGACGAAGAUUCAUCUCCAUUAGCUGAUCGAAUAGAAUUAGUUCUUUUAAUGCCCGGAAAUGGUGAUUCCAAAUCUAUGAGUCCACGUGUCAAUGAAGGUCAGAUAAGAAAUGACUCUUUUGCAAAUGGCCAAACGUCCCCAGUAGGACAAGUGGAUAAAAAGGAACCUGAAAUGAAAAGGAAUGUAUGGUGGAGAUUCUUUGAUCAGUGUUGUGGAAUCAAGAAUUAUAAUGUGAAAAAGACAGCAAAAGAUCCUGUAGAAAGUGAAAUGGUUUGUUUACAAAUGUUGCAAGAGAGUCCAAAAAUUAAAUUGAUAUUAAAUGUUGGUCUUUUUCUUGUGUGUACACUUGGCAUAUUAAUGUUUAUCUAUUUCUCUUUGUAAAAUGGAAGUUUAAUAUCAGUACUGUGUUCCAUCUUCCCAGCCCUAAGUUGGUAAUCUUUUGGUCCACUUUGGGAAAGAUAUACGAAGGAGUAAAGAUGAGUCUUUAGUAUCAGUUGGAUUCUUUUCACUAGUUAAGUGAAGACACAUUUAUAUUUCGUGUUCAUUGUAUUAUUUGUUUUGUUUGUGGUUUGUAAAUGGUUUAACUACUUGUGUGAUAAGCAUGUAGAACCCCAUUUUUCAUUCUUAUAACAAAUAUUUAUCUAUUAUCCUGUUGGUUUCUUCAUAAUUGAUGUGUGUAUUAUAUUAGGCUAGGGUGAAUUUGAAGGGCAUGGAGCUGAAUUGAUUUUGGGUAUAGUGGAACAAACAUGUAACCCUGCAAGUUCUUUAUUGAUAAUUAAAGCCAACCAUCCACUUAUUCAUAUAGGUUGAUUUUUUUUUUAAAUCUUAUUGUUUAGUUAUCUAAUAGGGAAGUAGAGUUGUUGCUGGCAAUGUACAGUUAAGACGCAGUUGCAACAGACUUGUAAGAGAGUUUAGUAUUUGGUGGCAUGGAAGUCAAAUUGGAAUUUUGGGAGGGUGAUUGGAGUACCAUCUGCAAUGAGAUAAAUUGCUCUGAAGUAACUUACUUCGAACAAGAUUUGCAGAAUAUUUGCUACUUCAUGUUGCAGGUAGUACAAUGAUGCUUUUCUGAAAGUUUAUAUCAGGUUAUGCUAACCUAACCACCUAAUUGUAUUGCUUACAAAAGAUAUUGCUCUAGUAUUAACUUUAAUUACACUCCUGUCUCUAAACUUUCUUCUUGGAUCAUUGACCAUGUCUUCUCCCAGCUCUUCGCCCUUGGUUCACGAGUUCUCCUGCUUCAAUUUGUCUCUCAUCGGUUGAGAGCACCAAAAGAGCAUUUGCCAAAGUCUUGAAUAACAUGUCGUGUGAUAAUUCUGGUACUUUAUCCCUCUUUGUCCUCCAGGAAUUAUAUAUGAAAUUGAACAUGAUUCAGAACUGAAUCAUCUGUUUGCUCUUGCUUGAUACUUCCCAACCAAACCAAAUUAAGUCAACCCAAAGUCAAAAGAUUUGCCUCUGGAUCAAAACCAUCUUGUACGUACCUCUAAUUAGCAACAUUAUAUAAGAUUUAGAUUAGUUUCCACAAGUGAAUGAAUGAUUCCCAACUCUGACCAAUUCCUUAACUCUUUGCUGAGCAAAGAGCUCUUGUAAGAUAAUUAUUUAUUUAAUCUUAUUUGGGCAAUGUAUUCACCAUAAUGUCUGUAGAGUCUACAGUAAAAUUAUUACCUGGUGUUUGGUAAAAUUUGCAUUAUAAAUGAUCCCAGGCAGAGCUUUAAACCUUUAUUUACGCUACAUUGAAUUUCUACUGAAGCUCUUUGUAAAUAAGGUCCAAUCAUUACUAAGUUGUUCUUAUAGAUGUGCAAGCCUCUAGUUAUAUGAAACUUGUCCAAAAAUGCAAGGAAUUAUGUUCUACAAUUUCGUCUGCCUUGAUUUCCCAAAGCCUUGAUUUACUGUGAACACCGAAUUAAGUUUAGUUUACUGGAAAAUGCUUAACAUUAUUAUUUCACUUUCCAAGAUCCUACAACUUUAUAAGUUGCCUUGAAAGCUGCAGUCUUCUCAUGCUUGUAUCUAAUUAUUUUAUCCAUAUGAUUCCAUUGCUUCUGCUCUGAGUGCUUUUCUGUAACUUCUUUGUAUCUUCACCUUCCUGUUUUUACUCUUGAAAAAAAAUGUUCUUAAAAUUCAUUCCUUUUGUCAGGUUUUCUGUGCUGCCUCUACUUCCUCAGCAUUUGUUCACAUCAUCUACUUGUGAGGCACCGUGGGACAUUAACUACUUCUAAAGUACCCAGAGACUUGUGUUAGAAUUAAUUCAUAUCAAAAUUCAACUGCAUUGAAUUUUGGCUUCUGAUAGCUGAUUUUUGUGUGUGUAUUAGCUGUAACCCUAAUCUGUCCAAACUUAAUUUGAAUUAUUUCACUAAAAUGGAAAGGAAGUUUUGGACAAAUUAUUUAUCAUCUGUUUUUUUAAAAAAGAAGGUUCAAAAGCAUGAACAAUCAUUGUCUAAUGAUAUUAUUUUCCAUGAGAUGGGUGUUGCUAGUAGAAGGUAGAUGGUGUACAUAUUGGAGGCAGGGAUAAGAAUACAAAAUUGAGCACAAUUUCUGUUGUAGCACAAUUGCAGAAUGAAUAAAUAUUAAUUUUGCAUGCUGAAAAUUGAAUGUAGUACAUUUUGGGUUUUAUCUUAAUGAGUGGCAGUCAUUCAAGCUAAAUGAGGACGUCAUAGACUUGGAAAGGAUUGGUUAUUUUUAAUAUUUUCAAGAUGAGAUUGAAAAUGGGCGGAAAAUUUACUUUGCUAGCUUAAUGCUAGAAAGAAAGUAAUGAAUACAGUGGAUCUAAAAUUUUGAGUCAGCGUUAUUAGAGCUAUUCAUUCAACGCUUACUGGGUAUCACGAGUUGAGUAUAUUGCAAGGAAGAAGCUGGGAGACCAUGUCUUUGUGGUGUAAAAGAAAACGUGAACAUGUCUGAAUAUAGGUAUGUUUUUAGACAUCGGGUGUUGUUGUUCAUCUGGAUAGUACCUCCACUACUGCAUCAUGUAUAGUGAACCCGCCCUUUUUCUUAAAAAAAAUCUUGCACUGAGUUGUAGCUGUAAAUCAUUUUUCAUUAAAAUAUAUUUUUAAUUAAAAAUCUCAAUUUAUAUGUUUUAAUACCAAGGUAGUCCUCACAUUAUCAUGAAGAUUAAUAAUUCUAAUUUUUUGGCAGAUUAUAAUGACAAUACUUUUGAUUUUUUUUGAUCCUUAUGAUUCUUAAAAUAAUUACUUCCUUAUCAGAGGCCUGGCAUACAACAUUAUUCUUCUGAUCUGCCAGGGCCUGUCUAAAGGACAUGAUCUGAUACCUCAUGGGUAAAUUACUUUGAUUAUGUAGUAUAUUUCAUAUGUAGUAAUUGCAUAUCUAAUUAUUUGGUUAUUUUCUACAUGUAGGAUUGUACCCAAACAUGACUUUUAAGUUCUCACAACAGAAUCUUACUCCUACGUUCCAUGAUUGGUCCUCAGCGUAUUCUUGUUUCAUGCCAAAUCUUUUGCUCAGACUUGUUGGCCAACCUAAUGAUACUGUUUUGUCAAAUGUCAUCAAUUUUUUGACAAACCAGUGCAUGCAGAGUCUGUAUGUAUUGUGGAUAAUGUAAUAAUAUUGUAUUCAAGCAAUGAGUCUUGUGGUAUACUUUAAUAAUUCACUGUUUUGUAUUGAUUAUUUCAUAUGCUUCAAGGAAUUUGUUGAGUUUGGUUCUAGUAUGGUUUCUAACAAGUGUUAGUUUUGAGAAUAGAUUUGUAGGUUGACAGGUGGACCAGGGAAGCUAGUUGGUGGCAAUGCAUGCAGAGCUUGUGGCAAUCACCUAAUGGAGAUAAAAGUUUGUGCAUGUUUGUACGUGUGUGUCGUUAGUUUGCUUCUUAAAGAGGAGUUUGGGUGAGGUGGUUGCACUAAGUAAUAAUAGAGCCGAUCUCAAAUCUUGGAUUUGACGAGCCUAGUGGUUUUAUUAGAUUUUGUAAAAUACUUGAUUGUGAUUUUUUUUUAAAGUUUGUUUCUGAUAUUACAAAUUGUUUUGUAUCUCGACUCUGUGGAACCAGUAGACCUCCUCAUCUUCACUGUACCCAUCCCUGUCCCAAUUUCUCUAGCCAUUGAGGACAAAACAUUUCCCACUGAUAAUUUUCCUGUAUCUCAACUCAGAGAAAAGAAGUAACAGUCUUAAGCUUAGCAAUUCAGAAUCCUUUCAUAUAAGAGAAGGUUCUGCCAUCCAUGUGCAAAGUCUUGUAUUGUUACUGAACAUACAAAUCAAGAUACUUGCACUCACAUUUGGCCCAAAGGAUUGUGCUGGUGCUGGCUACAUCUUUUGUACGUCAAAUAUCACAACUUGACCAAAAACUUGCAUCCAUUGACAAUUAAAAUGCUUUAAAACAGAUUCUUUAAAUGUCAUGGAUGCAAUAUUUUCCAGAACAUGCACUUUUGUCCAAUUUGCAAUGCAGAAAUAUCUGACCAUCAUUAUUUUAAGAAUUUAGAAUGCAUACUAGUUCCAUCAUUUUUGUUAUUUGUACUUUCGUAGUUAAAAGCAGCGUUUGUGUUAUUGAAUUCUCCAUAGUUUUGACAGUUUAUCACCAGCACCGCUACAUCAUGUAAGUACAUUGAGUAUUUGAAUGUAUCAGUACUUAAUCCUUGAAACAAAAGACUGAAGGUGCUUCCUAGAAAACAGGAACAAUCAAACUGUUGUCAAGGUGCAUUGCAGUUGCCUGCCAUCCAAUUUAGAUCAGUGUAGCUACAAUGGAUAUACUUCAAGCGUAUGAAUCCCUCAGAUUAUUUGCAUUAUAGCCUAAGAAGUAAUCUCGAGCAUUCUGGUUGUUACAGAUUGCAUGUGCAAGAUUAAUACCACCUGAAUUUUAAAUGAAACCCAUAGUGCUAUAUUUUGCUGUUAUUCAUUAUGCUAUGUAAUCCUUUUAUCUAGAGUUGUUGCCUGAGUCGCUGGAAUGUAUGAGCUAGCUGACUGAUUUGUUGAUUUUAAUUUCUUGGUAUUUGGAUGGCAUUAUCUUUCACCUGCUGAGCUUGUGAAUAAGUUUGUACCCUUUGUGUGUGGCUGUUUUGGAGAUGACUUGUGACUAGGCAUACGCUUUCCUUUUGGUGGCUCAGUUGCAAAGAGAUUUCUGCCAUGCUAAUAUCAUUGGGUAUAGAAAAAGCUGACAAUAGGCCCCGAGAGAUGAUCCCUUUCUAAUGCUUGUCAGUGAUAGGUCAGUUAGUCAGUUUAAGUCACAAGAAAAUGCUUUUUGCAAUCCUGUUCCAAAGUCUCCAUUAGGUGUCUGAAGAAAGAAAGGCUGUUUUAGGGGUACUAUAACAAAUAUUCUACUGUGGUAUAUUGUAUAUCACCCAACUUGUUUGGAUCCAAAUUAAAAGCUAUAUGCAUCGUUGUUUUUGAGAUAUCCUAAUAAGAGGCAAGCCUUCACCAAUUACUUUUCUAAUUCCUGCAUUCUAUUGUAUCGGCGUCAUAGUUUUGGCAGUUAGCUAGUUGGUUUAUAAAAAGUACUUCUAGUAGCAUUACCACUAAGGUUGAUUAAUUUGGCACAAUUCAGUGAUUGAACUAGCUGCUCCAUUUGACUGGAAAUGUGUUAAGGUUAAUGGAUACACUCCUGCAUUGACCUGGAUACUUGAUUAUUUGAUUAUUAUGACCUUGUUGAAUUUAAUGCAAAACAGGUCUUUAAAGGGAAAUUUUUAAUUUGUGUUCAUGUCAAAUUGACAGCCUCUUGGUUCCUUGCAUCAGAAGUUCCCAUAUAGUAACAGCUUUCAGGUUAAGUCUACAGUGCAAUAUGGCACAGUGAUAGUGUACUAUUUUUUCCAUCCAUACAGGUUCUAUUCCAGUUUUGACAUGAUCCAGGUGUGUACUUGCAUGUCAGUUGUAUUCAUUGUUGCAUUGGUAAUACUACCUUUCUCUGAGUGCUUCAGGAUCUUGAUCCUAAAUUCCUUAUUGGGUAAACUUGAGCAUUUGAGGAAAAAUACAAAUUUUAUAAAACAAAGUCUUCAAAGGCUUAAUGUGGCAAGUCCAAAAUAAUGAUUUUUUCAGGCAAUUCUUAGCCUGUUUGGCUUGUCUUGCGGAAUGCACUUCAACUUGAAGCAUGACUAUCAGAGAUGGAAUUUUGGUGAGAUGCAUUUCUUACCAGAUGGAUAUUGAAUGCAUUGGUCUCAGGUAAGGUAAGACAGAGCACCUCUGAUUUUUAUGAAGCAGAUCUUAUAAUGAGCAUGGGAACAUAUUUCCCAUGAACUUCUGAUUUCCCCCCCCCUUAAAAUUAAAGUGUAGGAAAUGUGAAUUUCUUAAAGCUGCACCAAUGGCAUUCCACUGUCCUGCUCAAGAUUAAGAUAAAGCAGUGUGUUGUAUAUCGUAGGUUGUUUCCCACAUGAAUAAGUGCCCGAUACAAGAUUUGUUGUAGCUGAUUUGUAAGAGAGUAAAGUUUGUGUUUAAUUAAUAUUUCUUGGUUACAGUUGUUCCUAUGCUCAGAGAUUUCUUUCUUUUUAUAUUGGUGCUCUAUGCUCAAAACAUUUGGCUUAAGAAAAAAAUGAAAAUUUUAAUAGAUUGCAUUGCCCUGUUUUGUUGGUUUUUGCUGGAUUCAAACCUACACUUGCAGACCUUCCAAUCUAUUUUGUGAACGUGUGAUGGGGCUACUUCAGAGCCUUGCUUAUUUUGCCUUAGUUUUUGACAAAUCAUUCACAUUCACACAAAUACUAACCUCGCUCUAACAAACUUGCGAAAUACUAUCAAAUAGGAAGGUUUGGUUGGAAACUGGUGCUUAUUUUUUUUUAAAAAAUCAUUCCUAUCUAUUUCAAUUGUAUUACAUUUAAUUAUAGUCUAUAAGCCCAAAAUUUCUAAAAUUUAUGAGUAAAAAUUUAUUUGAACAUUCUGCACAUUGCUGCUGAAAGAUCUAUUAAGUGCUACACUUCUUAUCACAUCACUUGGCUUAUCACUUCUUCAUGAAUCCAUAAAAUAGCUUAAAAAUUUUCAAUAAAAUUCUAAUAUUUUGAUUAUUUGUUGCUCUAAUUAUUCUUAAUAAAUAUACAAAUUAUUGAUUCAAUGGCAGAUUUAUCAAUAAAAAUGGAGAAAUACUUUGCUUGAAAAUUGGAUAGGAUAUCGCUUUGCAUAAAUGCUGAAGAUUCAUUUGGUACAUAAUUGAGAUUGUUUCUGAAAUCUUCAGGGUUUUGUUUAGUUUAUAUUUCUUUAACCUUAAGGGAACAUGAUCAAUGAAGGCCUAACAUUAACAAAGUUUGUUACAGCGAGCCCUACAAAGAGACGUCUGUUUGCAUUAAAUUUAACUAGGCAUUCAGAAGUAAGGAGUAGUUGGAAGGUCUGGGUUUGGUAACAGAUAAUGCACGAAAACCUACCCUCCAUCCAGCUUUUUUUAAAAAUGUGUUUAAUUUGUUAAAAACCCAUUAAAUUUUAUCCAGAUUAAUCUCCCAUGCUGUGCUAUAUUAGAUUUUUAGCUUUACUGUUUUAGGAAUUUUAGGGUAAAAAUAUUUUGCAGAUUUGUGUGCUUUCCUUUUGGAGUUUAAAGUUUGCCAUGUGUCAAACAAAAAGUUUGAGCAUAAUCCUUUUCAUCUCUAAACCUCCAAAUUCUGUAACUAUAGAAAACUGUAUUUCUAAAUUUAGAUGGUUUGAAGAUGAGGCUUUCAUACUAGUAUAUUAACUGCAUAAGAAAUAGUAUUUCUGCUGUAAUUUGUAUAGAGCUUAAGGGUAGGGGACUAUUUUGUGGAUACAAUUGGAGAUCUUUUAUUCAGGAAAGUGCACAAAGAAGCCAUGGUUGUCAAGUUCUGGAAAUUAUUUGCAUGAACUACAUAUUUUGGCAUUCCACAACCAGUUAAACCUUCUUUGAAGAAAGGUUCACUGUGAAUCUGCAAGUGCUCUGUAUUCUUGUAGGUAAAAUUUUAAAUUUUCCUUACUGAUUUGCGCCUGACUCAUUCAAGCAUUUUACUGGGAAAAGAGCAGUAUUGAUCCUGAGCUAUGUUAUUCCAACAUACUGUAGAUAAGAGAUGGGUGUUAGUAGAAAGCUCCUUAUAUCCCCUCUUUAAAUUUAACUGCAUAAAUCUAGAUAGUUUUGCAUUCCUUUUAACUCCAGAUUGAGGAAGUAAAAGUCAGGCCAAGAAAUUUCUAUUUUAUUUGAGUAUUUAGCCAAUGACGGCAUUGCCUUCUAUCAGUGAGAAUCUAUUAUUCACAUGAGCAACGGCUUAUAUUGGUAAUUUGGGUAUACAAUUAGUGAUUGGUGUGUGCUUGUUGACUGACACUUAAAUCAUCUGGCUUUAACUGGUUUGGAGUGUCUUUGGUACUUAAAUUUAUCUAGGCCAGAGUGAUAUUGAUUGGCUGAGCACUUUUAAUGUUCCCUUCAAAAUUGUUUUGAUAAUUGUUCAUAGUACAAUGGUAUCUCUUUUACUUUCAGGGCAAAUAUAUGUGGAGACUCUGAAGCCAUACCAGGAAGUGCUUUGAAAUCAAGCUACUCAUUAAAAUCUUUUAAGACCAAAAAACACAAACCAAUCAUAAACCACUGAAGCAAAACAACUAAGUGCAAUUUCCAUUAUGGAAAUUAAUUUUCUGUAUUUUAAAACAAAAGUGCAUGGAACCAAGUGUUCCUGGAAAAACAAAGACCUGCACAGUUUAGGAACUGGUAGUGUUUGCAACAUCCUUGGCUUUUUUGCAUAUGUUUUUAAACAUUUCACCUGGGAUUAAAACCAGUAUAGAUAAGUAUCAGUCCCUAACUACUAUUCUAUGCGCUAAAACAACUAUUCUCUUACCAUUGGACUCCAAGGAGCUCUGCCAUUAACCCUCUUAACUUCUGUAUUUAUGACAAUCUGGCUAUUAUUCCAACUGCACCUUUUUUAAAAUAUAAAUUUUCUAUUUGAUCCACUUUGCUCAAAGUACUUUAUAGGAUUGUGGAGAAUCUAGCAUUCUAUUACUGAACAAACCAAUGUGAAUAGAUAUUUAGCUGUAACUUCUCCAUUAUUCGCUCAUUCUGACAUCUGAUUAAUGAACAGCAGCACAUUGGACCAUUUGUGUUAUGGCUACACUUUCCUGUGAAAAAUUGCUGCUUUCGUUUUGCGCUGCCUCUGUGGAGGUAGGUAAUGUAGUUUAUUCGAUAUAGAGGUUCUCUUGACUCUUAAACAUAAAAUUAUACCAAAUUUAAUUUGUUCAACUCUGCAUAUAUUUUUAGAAGACGAUAAAUUUCAGAUUGGGCAUUUAUUGCUUUUUAAUGUUAGUUUAUUAUGCUUAUUCUUAAAUACUAUUUAAUACUUGCAUGUGGAAGACAAAGAUAUAUGGUACCAAAUCAGUUACUGGAAUUGCAUUUUGUGGAAUUAAUUUUAAAAUUUAUAAAAGCCUUUAACUUUCAGAAACAGUUAUGUGACAAGUAUGUUGCUGUGCAACAGUUAUUGAGAAUACAGUAAUAAAACAAGUGAGUUAGUCAAAAGAAUGACAGUUGGAUAGAGUAGCAAUUACAGGUGCUUCCUAUUGAAACUGAGCUGGUUUGUUUUUAUCAAUUGGUCAUUAUGUUAACAGUUAUGCUUCAGUUUACAGUAUGUGGGGAUCAGUUCUUGCGUAUAUUCUACAGGUUUGCAUAAUCGAGCUGAUUUAGGAGCAGACUAUAUAUGGUGCGUUGAUGCACAAAAGGAACAACAAUAACACAAAGGUCAGACAUUCUCAAAUUUCUUUGGCAGAUCUAUCAAUCGUGACUUGCAGCCUGACUGGUUGGGUGGGUUGAUGCAUGUAUAUGUCUUGCAUUUGAUUUUUGUCCGAUUGGGUGGUGGAUGCGUGGUAAGGGAAAGGAUGAAUCGUUGUUAUUGCUGUAUCCAUGUUUAAGUUCUAUUCAUUCCUUGACAUGCUCAUUUAGAUAAUUACAACUGGAGGAAUUGCUGGAGCACUUUAAUUGUUCUAAAUGGCCCAGGUUAAGUAUAGUGGCGUAGUGUUCAUUAUCUUCAAUACCAUUCAAUAAUCUGUUCUGGAAAUGCAGAAUUAGAUUUUGAAUGACAAAUUGGCUGCGACAUCUUGUAUUGGUGAGGUAGUUUACUGAAGCCCACCGAAAAUAUUGAUUCUUGAAUAACAGACAUUAAUUGAGAUAGUUUAGUAAUAGAUCUAACUUAGAGAAUGAUAGCACCAUUUAGAAUUAAUUAAUCCCUUUGAAAGCAUGGAGGGGAAAAUUUGGCAGAGAAAUGAAGGUAUGAGAAAAUAUGGUAAAAUUAAGUAGCUAUUGAUUGGUUGCCUUUGGGUCCUGAUAAAAUUGCAAACAUAAUGAAGUAUCUGCAGAAAUAUUUAGAAUACUUGAAGUAUUCAGGACUUGACAUUUGCCAACUUAAGGACUAUGUCAUAAGCACAAGAGAUUCUGCAGAUGCUGGAAAUCCAGAGCAAAACACACAAAAUGCUGAAGGAACUCAGCAGGUCAGCCAGCAUCUUUGGAGAGAGAUAAAGAGUUGAAUUUUCAGGCCAAGGUUAAAGGACCCAGCCCAAUACAUUGACAUUUUAUCCCUUUCAUUAGCUGCUGCAUGACCUGUUGAGUUCCUCCAGCAUAUUAUGUGUGUUGCGAAGGGCUAUGUCAGUUAGUCUAAAAGAGCUAAAAUAUAUAUUGAAGGAGUAAGAAGUCUGGAUAGGUGGAUCAUUACAGUAUUGAUGAAAGUUGUUAAACAUAAGGAGCAUAAAUUAGGUAUAGCUACAGUGAUCAAGAAGUGAUAGGUAAUAAUUCUAAAAUCAGGAUUGAAUAUUGCAAAUCCAAAUUCAUGAUCUAUUGUGCAAUAUGGGAGAAAUGAGUUAUAUAGUAUCUGUUGUAUAAACGGGAAAUGAUUUUGAGCAUGUAAUUAGAGGGUGUAGUUAGAGCAGAUGAUGAAUAAAAUAGAAAAGUUCCAGUACCUUGAAUAAGAUUUAUUAAUCAAAGGCAUUGAUAAAUUCUGCAUUUGAUACUUUUAAGGAUAAAUGUGCAUGAGGGAUUGAAUACUGAUAAAUGAAUACGGCUCUGUAAAAACGGGCUCUUAAGUUUUGGAAUUCUGCAGAAAAUUGUUGUGCUUUUAAUGUUAUUUACAUCAUUCCAAAACAUGAUAGGGGGCAUUAUAAAUGGUGGGGAAAAACUUUUGAUGCAGUUGAUCAUCAGCAUAAAUAUCCAGGGAAUGUGAAGCUGUUAACAAUGAGGAUGCAUUUGAAAGUAUUUGAUUAUGACAAAAAACUUCACAUCAUAUUGGUAAGGUAUGAAAACUAUGUAUGUAAUAUUCUGUGCUGUUCCGUACACUUUGAAGUGGAUUUUGAUGUAUUGGAAAGAAUUUGUUGGCGGGUUGCCCUGGGUGUAAUGGAGGAAUCAAUUAAUUUAAAUUGGAGGAAAGACUUUUGAGUUGAUAUCGAUUAGUUCUCUCAAAUCCUGAAAAAAAUCAAAGACUAGUUAUUACAUUUACUAUUGUUGGGGGUACUUUCUUUAAAUUUUCUGUAUUUUGUCAUUUGCUGGCUUAACCUGACUGUUCAAUAUGAGGUGAAUGCAAGGCUUGUUGAUUAAAUGGAAUCAACACCCCUUGUAACUGAUUGCAUAUAGGUCCUAGUAGCCAUCAACUGCACUACACUUUGCUCACCUUCUUGGGUUGUUAUGAUUCAAGUCUUACUAUUCUAAGUUGAACAUUUCAGAAAACCUGAGCAGUACGUCCUUGCAGCAUUGAUUAAUUAAUGUGUGGGGCAGGUUCAGAUAACCUGAUAGUUUUUUUUAAGCCUGGUGUGAACAAUUGGUCCAAAGGGAUUCGUGCUUAGAUAAAUGAUAAUCUGUUUUAACCUAGUAUUCCAAAAUAUGGCUUGAGAUCUAUUGAAAUCAUAGAAAAGCAGACAACUCAAUUGGGGCUCUACUUCUAGAGUUUUGAUACACCAAAAUCUUGAGUCAGGAACUGUUUACAUAAACAGAUAAAUUGCAUUCAUUUGUGACUGAAAAUUGUUUGUGGCCUGUUGGGAGGAAUGGACAAAUUGUUUUUUUUGGUCUUUGUUAGUAUAUUUGUUUCAGUUUCAUACUUUAAGGGUUCAAUUUUUCUGUUUGUGCUCAAUGGGGAUAAGUACAUUCGGCAAAACCAUUGACCAGACUGGAAGUGCUUUUAAUUAUCACUGGGAGAAUUUUCACAUGAGGCUGCAUUGAAAGCUACUCAUCUGCAUGAGUUCUUUCAACUGUUAAAAAACACCAUAGAAAGCAAAAUGAAAGUGGAUUUUUAAUUCUGGGCUUAAUUUGUUUUUCUCCCCUCAAUCCCAGCUCCACCCAAAGUUCUUCCUUGUGAACCAGAGAUCCUAGUCCGAUUCUUAGGACACAAUAUCUUCAAAUUUAUCAUGAUUUUCAGUUUGGCUUGGCUGGUAUUAUUCUUCACUCUGAAACAAAUGCUUGGGCCUUACUCUAGUAGAUAAUUUUUGCAACACUUCAAUUUGAUAUUAAGAGGCAUCUUUCUCCUAUGAGAUGCUGAUAUCACAACUACUUAUCAUUAAGAACUACAUAUUCCAUCGCCACUCAAACAGACUGACUGCUUGGUCAUCUUGUUUGCUAUAUGUGGCAUCCUCAUGUACUACCUCAGUUGUGACUACAAUGUUGAGGCCUUUUCCCUGUGCCUUCUACAAAACAGUAAGCAGUCUGGCAAUGGAGAAAUGUAAUUAUGAUUGGGUGAUUGAUUGAAUUUUCAUUUGAUUCAUGGUAUUCUGGACACCAAAGGAUAAAUUAAGUCUAUACAUAGGCACAAGAAAAUGAAUCUGCAAGAAAAAUUGGGCCCUUAACGGAAAAAAAAAGUUUUUUUUGUAUUGGAACAUGGAGUGUUAAUUAAGCUGAUUACUGUACAAAACUUUUAAUGAAAUGUUUAUUUCUGUUCAGUAGUUUUCUAAAAAUCUUUUAAGAAAAUAGUAUGUUGUGUACUCUGAAUUUUAUGUGUAUUGUAAAAAUGUAUGUACCAAUUGAUGUAUUUUAUAAUACUUUUAUGUAUCCUGCUGUUCUGUGAAGGCAGAAUAUUUUUUGAUUAAUUUCACACUGGUGGUCAUUGAAGUGGAGAAUAUUCACACAAGAUUCUUUUGUGAAAAUUAUUCAUAGUUGCCUCUUGGCUACUCGAAUCAGGGUUCUGUCUCAAUUACAUUAAGUGUUGUCAAUGUCUUUACCCUAAUUCUUAAUUUUCCUUUAUAUAUUAACGUUGCUUGACUCAUGUGAAGUAUGAAAUUUGGUUCUGGUAUGUAAUACUGUUUGCAAAAGCAAUAAGGUCACUUCUGUGCUGUUGUAUUUAAGAGAUUAGAUUAAGCACAGAGAUGGAUCAGAAAAAUGCAUGAUGUACUGUCAUUUUUCAAUCUCUUGACCUUCUGUGUUUUUUAAAUUUCAGAAUCAUUUGUCAAGAUCCAUCUUUUAAAAAGAGAAUGUGUACACAGUCUGAAGGUUCCCAUUUGAAGCAUCUGGCAUCCAGGAAUUGAAUGGAAUAAAGUGAAUAUGGUUUAUAAAACAA